AUGGGUGGUUCUUCUAGUCAACAGGCGGAACCUGAACAAGAAAUUGCAGAAGAAGCAGAAUUAUCUAAUGGAAACGAAUCUACAAUCAAAACUGUGAUAGCUCCACCUACCUUUGCUACAAAAGAUGAGUUUGUUAGAAUCUGGUUUUCAUGGAAAAAUGAUUUCUUUGUUUAUUUAAAGAAUAUUGACAAAGCUAAAGACAAAAAACAAAUGUGGGGUUUCAUGCUUUUAAAUCGUAUGGGUCCUGUUGGUCAAGAAAUUCAUAGAACAUUUCAUUUCUACGGAGAAGACAAAAAUACAUUGGAUAUAGACAUAUUAAUAAAGAAAUUUGAUCUUUAUUGUCUAUAUGGAGAUAAAAAAAGAGGCAAUGAAGACAUCGACAAAUACAUACAUGAAUUGAAGUCCUUAGCACAGAAUUAUAUUGAUCCAGUAGGGAUUAUGAAAGAGAAAAUUAUACAAGAUAUGAGUACCCAGCAGUUCACAGGAAAAGCUGCGCUUCUCAUAGAAAGUAAAGGAGAAAAAUUGAUACCAUAUCUACAAUCACUAAAUUUUUACUACAUCGCUAUGUUUUGGAAACAAUGUGAAGAUUUAAUGAUAAAUGAAGAAAAAAUCGACAAAAUCCCAAAGAAUUCUGUCUAUGCUAAAUCUGCUACAACAGAAUUUAUACCAAUAGAACAGAAUCAAAAUCAAUGUACAACUAUUUGGGGACAUCGAUGUCAAUUAUGUUUUCCUAAAUUAUGUUGUGUCCAUUGCAGUAAACAUUAUAAACAGUUUAAUUAUUACACAGAUAAUUAUAAAGAUAAGUACAUAUAUGACUGUACUAAAUGCGGAAUGAGUCAUAUUCGAUCACGUUGUCCAGCAUACGGCGAACUGUGUAUAAAAUGCAACAAGAAGAAUCAUUUCUCGAAGAUGUGUCGGGCUCCUGUUAUAAUAAAUUGCUCUAAAUGUGGUAUGAACCAUGUAAUAUCGAAAUGUCCAGCAUAUGGUCAAAUAUGUCGUCAUUGUAAUAAACUGAAUCAUUUGGAAGAAAAAUGCCGAUCAGCUAAGUUUAAACAGAUACAAAGCGUCUAUUGACAAAUUUUGUCAACAAGAAAGUAUAUUAUACCAUAUGUAUAAUAUAUAUGUAUAUUGGGGACAAACAUCACAAAAAAUAUAACAGGUUUGUUUAUAUGGUUUGACAGCAGAUUAACGGCAGAAAUGGGAAUGUAUGGUUUUCAAAAUUGUGCAUCACGGUUUUAUAUCUACAUAUUUUCAAGUAUUUGUUAAGAUUCCAGUAGUAACUGCAGCGACCAUAUUGAAUUGUGACAUCAUAAGUGAGAAAUGACAUGUUAAUAUUUGUUAUAUGUUAUUUCUAAAUAAAAACAAUUGGAUAAACCGAAAUGAUGAGAUCGCUUUAAAACGCCUAUAAAAAUGGGUCAAAGCAUUGACGAGAUAUUAUUAAAG